GAUUUAGAUGGCUCUAUCAGACAUCCUAGAUUCUAGCAACAGCCUAUUCCUGCAAUGCAAACUAGGCUGGUCAAAUUUGGAAUCACAAGCAACUACUUGCCAGUUCCACCACAUUUGCUCUCUCUAAGAAAAGAACAUCUUGCCAUGGACACAGAUUCCAACUUCGGCUGGAAGUCAUUCUUUAGGGAUUGAAAUGGAAAUUCCCCCUCCCCCUCUUUUUCACUCAUUCUUCCACAGAUCCAAGUAGGACAAAGGAUAAAAAAAAGAAAACACCACGCGGAAAGUGCAGGUUUGGUGUGUCUGCUCUGUAUCAUAGUAAAGAAUGAGUAAGCACAGUUUCAGGGUCUGUUUCUUUUUCAGUAGAAGAUUCAGGACAAAUGCAGCAGAAGCACCAGAAGAUGUGAAGAUGAUGUUCAAUAAAUACUCAAAACAUGGCACAAUGAACAUUGAUCAAUUGCGGACGUUUUUGGAAGAGAUUCAAGGAGAAACAUCUGAGACAAAAGCUGAGGACAUCUUCAACAGUCUCAAGCACCUCAACAUCUUUCAGAGAAGAGGCCUUUAUCUCGAAGAUUUCUUCCGCUAUCUUCUUGGAGACCUUAAUCUUGCUUUCCCGCACUGCCAAGGGGUUUAUCAGGAUAUGGGAGCCCCAUUGUCUCACUACUACAUAUUUACAGGCCACAAUUCCUACUUAACAGGGAAUCAACUGUAUAGUAAAAGCAGUGUGACUCCUAUCAUAAGGGCUCUAAAAAGAGGAGUAAGAGCAAUUGAGUUGGACUUGUGGCCUACAUCAAAGAAUAAUGGCAUUGAGGUUCGUCAUGGACGGACACUCACAUCUCCUGUGUCACUCAUCAAAUGCCUGCGGGCAAUUAAAGAUCAUGCCUUUACUGCUUCUGAGUAUCCUGUAGUGAUAACUUUUGAAGACCAUCUCAACCCAGAACUUCGAAAAGAAGUGGCCAAGAUGGUUAAUGAAACAUUUGAGGAUAUGCUUUACGUUCCUGAAUUGGAAGACUUGAAUAAACUCCGAUCCCCAGAGUCACUAAAGAAAAGGGUUCUGAUUUCUGCCAAACCACCAAAAAACAAAAAGGGUGAGAGCACAAAGGAAAAGCCAUCAACGGAUAAGCAAAGAGACAUUGCCGAUGAUGACAUUUGGGGCAGUGUAAGGCCACAAGAAGAUGUGGAUGAGGAUGACCUGGAGGAGGAUGAAGAUGAGGACGUUGCUGUUCCAGAAUACAGGAAAUUGAUUGCCAUUCAUGCAAAGAAGAAGAAACCUGGAUUAAAUCUCCAGGCUUUCCUUAAUGAUACAGAAAGUGUUUCAAGAUUUAGUCUGAGUGAACAAGCACUUGAAAAGGCUACAAAAGACUAUGGGCGUGAUAUUAUCAGGUUUACACAAAGGAAUUUGCUGAGAGUGUACCCAAAAGGCUUAAGAUUAGACUCAUCUAAUUACAAUCCUAUGCUUGGCUGGACUCACGGGGCUCAAAUGGUUGCCUUUAAUAUGCAGGGAUACGGGAAAUACUUGUGGAUCAUGCAAGGAAUGUUCAGAGGCAAUGGCGGUUGUGGCUAUAUUAAAAAACCCGAUUUCUUGUUGAAUAACCUAGAUCAUAAGCCUUCUAAUUCCAGAUCAUCAUCUUCGACUAUGAUCAGACGUUUAACGAUAAAGGUAUACAUGGGAGAAGGAUGGAAUUCGGAAUUCGGUCUCUCACAUUUCGAUUUCUAUUCGCCUCCAGACUUAUACGUACAGAUUGGAAUCGUCGGAGUCCGAGAUGAUACAACAACGGAAAGAACAGCCACGAUCCAAGACCAGUGGGUACCUGUUUGGAACGCGAAGUUCAGUUUCUCAAUAAGCACUCCUGAACUGGCUUUGCUAAGAGUUAUAGUUCGUGAUCACGAUACCUCUGGUAAAGAUGACUUCGCCGGCCAGACAUGUCUGCCGGUGAAAGAGCUCCGAUCAGGAAUCCGCGCAGUUCCAUUAUACAGUAAGAGGGGAGAGAAAUACAAACAUGUGAAGCUCCUCAUGAGUUUCGAAUUUGAAUAA